CGCGCUCUUCCGGUGCCCGACGCAGCCAGAGUCAGCGGGGGCCGAGCAGAGCUGCGGAGGUUUGGAUUCAGCAGAAACCAAGUUAAGGGGGAAAGAAGUAAGGGGGUCGGGGGUCCCCCCGAAACGGGGAGGAGCCCGCACUGCAGACAGGCUCAGUUUCCUCCCGAAGUUCCGCCCCAGGCCCGCAGCCCCGCCCCGCCCUGGCGUUCCCCGCUCCAGCGCGACCCCGGCUGCUACCCGCCCCCCCCCCGCACCCCUCCAGCUCAACCCGGGUUCCCCGGGGGUCCCCCAGAUCCCGGACUGCGCAGGAAAGGCCCUCCUCACCGCCACCGCUUGGGGCCUGCCCGGAGGGUCAGCAUUCCUCCAGGUGCGGUGGAUGGAGGCAUGGGGGAGCCUUGGAUCCCCACCGCUUAGAUUCGAGCUCCAGCUCUGCACUGAUUAGCCGGUCACUUUGAGUCUAACAAGAUGUACCAGGUCCCACUGCCGCUGGACCGGGAAGGGACUCUGUUCCGGCUCCGCUUCACCAUGGUGGCCCUGGUCACAGUCUGCUGUCCACUUGUCGCCUUCCUCUUCUGCAUCCUCUGGUCCCUGCUCUUCCACUUCAAGGAGACAACGUCUACACACUGUGGGGUGCCCAAUUACCUGCCGUCAGUGAGCUCGGCCAUCGGCGGGGAGGUGCCCCAGCGCUACGUGUGGCGCUUCUGCAUCGGCCUACACUCAGCACCCCGCUUCUUGGCGGCCUUUGCCUACUGGAACCACUACCUCAGCUGUGCCUCACCAUGUCCUGGCUACCGCCAGCUCUGUCGCCUCAACUUUAUCCUCAAUGUCAUCGAGAACCUCGCACUGCUAGUGCUCACCUAUGUCUCCUCCUCCGAGGACUUCACCAUCCACGAAAAUGCUUUCAUUGUGUUCAUCGCAGCAUCCCUCAGUCACAUGCUCCUCACCUGCAUUCUCUGGCGGCUCACCAAGAAGCACACAGUAAGUCAGGAGGAUCGCAAGUCCUACAGCUGGAAACAACGGCUCUUCAUCAUCAACUUCGUCUCCUUCUUCUCGGCAUUGGCUGUCUACUUUCGGCACAACAUGUAUUGUGAGGCUGGAGUGUACACCAUCUUUGCUGUCCUGGAGUACACUGUUGUCCUAACCAACAUGGCAUUCCACAUGACAGCCUGGUGGGACUUCGGGAACAAAGAGCUGCUCGUAACCUCUCAACCUGAGGAGAAAAGAUUCUAAAUCCUUCUAUGCUGCUAGGAAAAGCCUUCACCUAGGCACAGAGGCUUUCAAGCAACAUCACCCUUAACUGAGAAGCCCUAAGAAGCUAAACUGGCACAAAAGCUCCACCAUUUGGUGCUAAACAACAACAACAACAACAACAAAGUCCUGAGGCUCAUGACCACCAUCUAGUUUAUGGCCUUUUUAUAGAAACCUUUGACUGAGUAUGAGACUACUGAGCAGUGGCUGCUACCUGAAAACCAGUCAUUUCUCUCCAGGUCAUUUACUUAACUGUGUCUAAUGAGGUACUGUGUGCAUCCAGGCCUGUGGCCAUAGUGCUCUGCUGAGUGUCCCUACAUGUUCCAGCUCUGACUUCACCACUUUGAUCUGGUGUGGCUCCAGGGUGUAUACCUUUCCCUGUCAGCCUCUCAUUAUGUCUAUCCCUGUGUACGAUGGGGGAAGGUGGGCUGUUAAAUAGCCAAAGGCUUUGCUCGUGUGGCUCUAACCUCAUCGGAUGGAGGUGUUCUGUACCUGGAGGAUGACCCAUCCCAGAGAAGAACCCAAGCACUGCAUGUAUUUCCCUUUCCUUCUGAAGUCACUGGCUUAUGGACUCUUCCUCUUCUCCAAAGGAAGAUGGGUCAGAGGCAUAGUUCCUAAUGGGUUCCCUGGUGUUUCUCCAUUUUCCCUACAGCCUCAGACCAACUCUGAGCUCUUUUGGUUGUACAUUUUAUUGCAAAUAACAAUAAAUUUUUUUUUCUUUUGCCAACAA